GUGAGCGGGGAGCGAGUGGACGACAGACCGCUGCUGCGUGUUUACUCCAUUCACUGCUCUGAGUUAGCCACCCCCUAUGCUAAGUAGCUAACAGCAACACUAACAACCUGUCAAACCCCUCCCAGGUGUUUAUACCCACAAAGUCAUUUCACGUACGUGGUCAUGUUGUGAAACGGAUGCAUUAACACUGGCAGCCGACGCUCUCCUGUCUCUCUGGUAGGUUGUUGUUGAAUAGUUGCUGUGGCUAACCAGAGGAUACCCAGUUAGCUAGCUCGCCUCUGACACGACCGAGGUCGAUGUUUUCUCAUGGAGGAUUGGUACAGUUGUUAGUCAAGAGGAUUUACAAGAGGGCGAGUGCAGAUCAGUGGGGGUUCACGCUCAGUUACGUCACCAUGGGGAACACCUGCAGUAACAAUCUGGGAAUCCCUCCAGCCAAGGGCCCCAAUACUGUGGGAUGCACGGACUUCAUGAUGGACCACACAGCACAGGGCACCUUCUUCCGGCUCUACUAUCCCUGUCAAGAGACUGAGAAGGCUGAAAAACCAGACUGGGUCCCGUGCAGGGAGUAUUUUAACGGCCUGGCAGACUUCAUGAAGAUCAACAGAACACUCAGUGAAAGGAUUUUCAACUACCUCUUUGGCUCCUUUAAGAUCCCAGCUUACUUGGAUGCUCCAUUCAAGUCAAAUGGAAAAUGUCCUGUCGUGAUCUUCUCACAUGGCCUGGGAGCCUUCAGGACUUUGUAUUCGGCCAUAUGUGUGGAGCUGGCCUCUCAGGGUUUCAUCGUGGCAUCUGUGGAGCACAGAGACCAAUCGGCGUCGGCUACGUUUUAUUUUCGAGAAGAGACGGCAAAGGACAAUGUGCCUAUAGCAUCAGCCCGAGGCAGCUUGGUAAAGGAGUGGAUGUACUACAGAGCUCUGCGGCACGGCGAGAGUGAAUUCUCUCUCAGAAAUAAACAGGUGAAACAGAGAGCAGAUGAAUGCAUUCUGGCUCUGGAGAAACUCACUGAAAUCAACUCAGGGACACAAGUGCACAAUGUUCUGCAGACACAGUUUGACUGGGCCACGCUGGAGAAUUCCAUGGAUCUGUGCAGAAUAGCAGCGAUGGGACAUUCCUUCGGGGGGGCGACAGUGAUCGAAACUCUGUGCAAAGACGUCAACUUCAAGUGUGGUGUAGCGCUGGACGCCUGGAUGUUUCCUUUAGAUUACGAAAUCUUUCCUCGAGUGAGGCAGCCGAUCUUCUUCAUCAACUCGGAGAAAUUCCAGUGGGCGGGGAACAUCAGCCGCAUGAGGAAGCUGGACUCAGCCGUCAUCCAGAGGAAGAUGAUCACUAUCAGAGGGACAGUCCACCAGAGUUUCCCGGACUUCACCUUCCUGACGGGAAACUGGAUCGGUAAACUGAUGAAGCUGAAGGGAGAGAUCGACCCAGAGAUCGCCAUUGACCUCUCCAACAAAGCAACACUGGCCUUUCUGGAACGCCAUCUCGGUCUACAGAAGAACUUUAACCAAUGGGAGGGUCUGAUUGACGGGGAGGAUGAAAACCUCAUUCCAGGAACUAAUAUCACCGUGCUUCAGUCUCCCCUCUGACCUGCCACUGUGCCUCAUAUGCUGCAGGGGAACCUGGGUGCUCAACUGUGGAUCGCUUCGAAAAUGUCAAGACUUGGCAUUUUAAUCUAAAAUGGUAACAUUUUGGAGAAGAAUGAAGAGGAAAGGCAAUCUCUACCUCAUCAGCAGGAAAGAUGAGUUUUUCUUGAAAGAUUUAAACACACAGUGUAGCAGUGUUUGUUUUAUGACGCCUGGAUGUUGCGCACAAGCACCUCAACACUUAUUUUUUCAAUGUUGGGGAAAUCUUUAUUAUUCCAUUACCAGCAAUUUCCUGGAAAAGUCAUUUUAAUCAUUUUAAUCUUUGAGUGUAAAUAAAUCAAACCUAGAGAAAUAUUGUUAUUCAGCAUCUCUGUGAACACAGGAUCUUCCAGAAGCUACUCUGAUUGCUGUGUGAAUGUGAUAAAGCCUAAAGUGAAAAUCAUACGAGUUGAAGAAAAAAGAAAGACUGAAUUAAGAUGCUUUAAAACUAAAUGUUUCCAUGAUUUGAUACAAGUUAAACAUUAGAAGUGUACAAACACUAAGGCUGCAUUUAAAAACCAUGUGUGCCAGAAUAGUACUGUCUAAUGAAAU